CACACACACACACACACACACACACACACACACAAACACACGGAGGAGCAGCACAAUGGACAACAACGGCUGCACGGAUGACUCUUGCCCUACACCGUCCAGAGAGCUCACACAAAACCCGCUGAAGAAAAUAUGGAUGCCCUGCAAAAACGGCCUCCCAGAGAAGCCCAUCUUUCAGAGGAAGGUGUGCAUGACCAACUGCCCCACUCUCAUCGUCACGGUCGGACUACCGGCCCGGGGCAAGACCUACAUCUCCAAAAAACUCACCCGUUACCUCAACUGGAUUGGCGUUCCAACAAAAGAAUUUAACGUGGGACAGUACAGACGAGAAUGUGUGAAGAUCUACAAAUCGUUCGAGUUCUUUAGCCCAGACAACGAGGAGGGACUUAAAAUCAGAAAGCAGUGCGCAUCAGCAGCUCUUAACGAUGUGCAUCAGUAUCUCACUGAGGACGGGGGGCAAGUGGCGGUAUUUGAUGCCACAAAUACUACGAGAGAAAGGAGAGAGACCAUCAUACGAUUUGCUGAACAGAACGGAUUUAAGGUCUUCUUUGUUGAGUCUGUAUGUGAAGACCCUGAUGUUAUUGCAGAAAACAUUGUCCAAGUGAAACUUGGCAGUCCAGACUACACAGACUGUAACACCGAGCAGGCUGCAGAGGACUUCAUGAAGAGGAUAAAAUGCUAUGAGAAUUCCUACCAGCCUCUCGACGAGGACUUGGACAGAGAAUUGUCCUUCAUAAAGAUCAUCGACGUGGGUCGGAGGUACCUGGUGAACCGAGUGCAGGAUCACAUCCAGAGCCGUAUCGUGUAUUACUUAAUGAAUAUCCACAUCACACCACGCUCCAUCUAUCUGUGCCGGCACGGAGAGAGUGACCUCAACGUUAAAGGACGCAUCGGCGGCGACUCGGGUCUCACGGCCCGGGGAAAGGAGUUUGCUCGUUACUUGGGCCAGUUCAUCAACUCGCAGGACAUCAGCGAUCUGAAGGUGUGGACGAGUCAGAUGAAGAGAACCAUUCAGACUGCCGAGGCUCUGGGCGUACCGUACGAGCAGUGGAAAGCUCUUAAUGAGAUUGAUGCUGGUGUGUGUGAGGAGCUGAUGUACGAGGAGAUUCAGUUGCGGUAUCCUCUGGAGUUUGCUCUGCGUGACCAGGACAAAUAUCGCUACCGAUAUCCCAAAGGAGAGUCUUAUGAAGAUCUGGUGCAGCGGCUGGAGCCCGUCAUCAUGGAGCUGGAGCGGCAGGAGAACGUGUUGGUCAUCUGCCACCAGGCGGUCAUGCGCUGCCUGCUGGCCUACUUCCUGGAUAAAUCGGCAGAGGAGCUGCCGUACCUGAAGUGCCCACUACACACCGUGCUGAAGCUCACACCGGUGGCUUACGGCUGCAAGGUGGAGUACAUCACUCUGAACGUGGAAGCAGUGAACACCCACAGAGGACGACCAGAGAAUGUAAACGUACAUCGGACCACAGAGGACGCCCUGUGCACCGUCCCGCCUCACCUCUGACCUCGUCUGCUGGGACGUCUGCUUCCGUGUUUCUCGCUACCUUUUCUCCAGGGGUCCCCUGUCCUCCAGGCAUCUCGGUUCGCACAAGGAUCCGCAGUCUGGUGACACAGAGUCUCCAUUUCUCCAUGUGUACCUUUUAAUUCUCGCAGUUCAAGGAACUCAGGCUUUGACACCAUGACCACAGAGUAACGUUCGUUAGUCACAAGCCGAUCCCAGGUCCACAUCUCUACAGGGAUCGCUGCUAUGAUUUGCUUUUGCUCAAACAGAUCUACUUCAGUCUUCAUCCAAUCUGGUGUGCAACAUCAAUUUGCACUAGUGAAAGGGGCGUGGCCUGUUAGGAACAACCCAGUGCUUUUGGGCAUAAUGUUUAGGUCCUGUAUGUGGACUGUGUGUAUGUGUGUGUGUGUGUGUGUGUGUGUGUGUGUGUGUGUGUGUGUGUGUGUGUGUUAAUGGAAAACUGGUUCACUCCUAUGACAUUUAUAACAGAAGUCUAAGGACAGUUGUUCCACUUCCCAGUGUGCUAACAAAAACACUUAUUUACAAAUCGUGGAAUUUUUAGAAACACUUCUGUUGACCAUUUAUCAGUUUUUAAGCAAGUGAAUAUUGUCGUGGGCUGAACAGAGCACACAAAACUCCCACCAUUUUAAAAGCUUGCUUAUUUCCUUCCUUCGUUUCUGCUCCUGCUGGUGUUGAUGCUACAGUGUUUAGUUUUCUUGAGAACUCUUCAGCUGUCCACAGACUUCUGUUUCACACGAGCAACAGUGUCGCUGACGACGUUUCUGUAGUAAUCACACAAACACCACAGACUGGACUGAGGUUCAGCUUUAAACACUCUGCACAAUAACCAGUCCCACUGAUAUUACAACUUUCGAAGUUUCAACUGGUUCAACUUUCGAACCUGAAGACAAGACAAACUUCUGGAUUUUUUUCACCUCUGAGAUUUUGGGAUUGUGUGUAAAACCUUCACUGAAGGAUGUAAAAUAUCACAGCAUGCAAAUGAGCUUCUACCAGGCUGGAUUAUAUUUUGGCUUGCACUUUUCUUGUGUUUAAGUGUGCUGCUUUCCUCUGUGUGUGUGUGUGUGUGUGUGUGUGUGUGUGUGUGUGUGUGUGUGUGUGUGUGUGUGUGUGUGUGUGUGUCUUGCAGCUCUUGCAUCGGGAUUGUUCUGUCGUUCUCAACCAACCAUUCGAUUCUUAUCUCUCUGUUACUUUGAGGGACGGAUGAUAACUUUGUGUGUGUGUAAUGAAGUGAUUAUUACAUCACGUCUGUGAAUCCUGGUCAUUUCCUACAGGCCGUGUCUUGAGGUAUGAAGGAGUCCAGCGUCCUCACAACAGGGUGAAUUUAUUUAUUUGCCUUUUGUGUGUUUUAAAAGGUGAUUUUUCCAAAUCAGUCAAUUUUCUUUUUUUUUUGGCGAGAUGAAGAACCUGAAAUUUAUUUUAAAUAAACUUGUUAUUUUUUUAUUAUGUGGGUUUGGUUUGUGAAUGUGAAGUGCAUCCUGACCUGUAAAAACACCCUGAACGUGUGUGUGUGUAAUGAAUUGUAACCAUGCACUGGUUAUUGUAGGAAUAAAUAUGGGAUUAUUCUCUUAUUGGCAAUAAAGUUUAAUUGAAAAAAAUAAA